AUGUUUCACAAGUGUGCUGCAACCAAGUUGAUCGACAUGAUCAGCCGAGUUAAGGAAAGAGGUCAGCAACCAUAUUGGAUCCUUGAUGAUUACUACAAAGAUCUGGUCGACUACUGGGCUACCGAUAAAGCUAAAGAGAGGAGCAAAAAAGCUUCCAAAAGUCGAAUGUCAGAUCGAAAUGGGUUAGGACCUCAUAAACAUCGAGCUGGCUCACGUUCAUAUGCUAAAGUUGCAGAUUUGUUGAAAAAAAAGACAGGAGAUGCAUCUUACAUUGAAGUUCUCCGAGAGACUCACAAAAAGCGUGAUGGAUCAUUUGUGGAUGAAAGGGCCAGGCUGAUCAGUGAGGGAUUUGACAAGGAUCUAGCUGAUCAUAUUGUUGAUGAUGAAUUUCCAACAGGAGAAGAGCCAACUCCCCAGAAAAAAAAUGAAAUGUAUUUGAAGUUAGUUGAUGCAACGAAUCGUGGUGUAUUCGGUUUAGGAUCUCUGCUAAGUGAACUUUCAAUCAAUUGUGAACUGCCUCCCACCACAAUAAGCCAACUGGAAAAUGAUGAGACUUUCAAACAGACAUUGCUCAAGUGA